AUGGCAGCAGAAGUUCCAACUUUCAAAUUGGUGCUCGUUGGUGACGGUGGUACUGGUAAGACGACAUUUGUCAAGAGACAUUUGACGGGUGAGUUUGAGAAAAAAUACAUUGCUACAAUCGGUGUGGAGGUGCACCCUUUGGCGUUCUACACCAACUUUGGUGAGAUCAAGUUCGACGUGUGGGACACGGCCGGCCAGGAAAAAUUCGGUGGUCUAAGAGACGGCUACUACAUCAACGCACAAUGUGGUGUGAUUAUGUUCGACGUGACGUCGCGUAUCACUUACAAGAACGUGCCCAACUGGCACCGUGAUUUGGUGCGUGUGUGUGAAAACAUCCCUAUCGUGCUGUGCGGUAACAAAGUGGACGUGAAGGAACGUAAAGUCAAGGCCAAGACCAUCACUUUCCACCGUAAGAAGAACCUGCAGUACUACGACAUCUCUGCCAAGUCCAACUACAACUUUGAAAAGCCAUUCUUGUGGCUAGCCCGCAAGCUGGCCGGUAACCCUCAGUUGGAGUUUGUGGCCUCCCCUGCCCUAGCACCUCCAGAGGUGCAGGUCGACGAGGCCUUGAUGCACCAGUACCAGCAGGAAAUGGAGCAGGCCACCGCCUUGCCCUUGCCUGACGAAGACGACGCUGAUUUGUAA